AUGGCAGGAUAUGCUCUUUGUCCGGCUGCGUUGUCCACAUCUACAUCAAUCACAACUCUUCUUUCAAUGACGGCGGGAACAGCUCUUUGCUCUGCAAGUGCAAAUGCAUUAAAUCAAAUGGUCGAAUCACCAUACGAUGCUCAAAUGCCACGAACACGAAAUCGCCCGUUACCAAGUCGGUCUAUCACGCCUUUGCAUGCUGCAUCAUUUGCUACUGUUGCGGGAAUUGGAGGUGUGGGAGCACUUGCAACGAUUAACCCAUUGACGGCAGCACUGGGGUUGGCAAACAUUGUCUUGUAUUCUGGGAUUUAUACACCAAUGAAACGAGUAUCGAUCGUCAAUACCUGGGUCGGCAGUAUUGUGGGCGGAAUCCCACCUUUGAUCGGUUGGACGGCAUGUACGGGAACAUUGCAUUUGGCAACUGAUGUACCCGGCUGGACAUUGGCCGCUCUUUUGUUUGCAUGGCAAUUCCCCCAUUUCAACUCAUUAGCACACACCCUUCGCCGGGAAUAUGCUAGGGGAGGUUACAGGAUGAUGUCAGUAACGGAUCCAUCUUUGAAUCGAAGAACAUCUUUGCGAUAUGCAAUCAGUUUGUUGCCGAUCUGCAGUGUUCUUUUGCCCUGGACUGGCGUGGUUCAUUGGUCGUAUGCAAUCCUUUCUGCUCCCAUCAAUUUGGCUUUGGUGUAUGCUUCGUACGGAUUUUGGAAGCAUGAUGGUGAUAAAGCAGCAAGGCAGUGCUUCUGGGUCAGUCUCAUUCACCUUCCUGCGAUCUUACUCUUAGCCAUGGCUUGCAAGACUGAAGUGAUCGAAGGUGUCCGACGUAGACUGAUGGGGGAAGAAGAGGUGGAAAGCGAGUGA